AUGGCUAAUAAAUUCAGAUUAACAAAAUUUCAACGUACUAACAAAAUCUCAAUUGCAAUAAAGAUACUUUUUGGAACAGGUGAUGCUUUGGCACAACUACUAUUUCCUAAACCGGGGACCAGCUAUGACUUUGAGCGUACAAUGAGAAAUGCCAUAUAUGGCGGUCUUAUAUUUGCCCCUAUAGUAACCCCAUGGUAUGCCUUUUUAGGUAAAAAAGUCAGGUACCCCUUUAAAACCUUCUUUGGACAUAAGUUUUCAACAUCUCAAGGAAAUCUGCUCAAUGCGGCUACUAGAAUGUCGGCUGACCAGUUGAUCUGGGCACCAUUUGGUGUACCGCUAUAUUUUGCAAGCAUGUCUUUAAUGCAAACCAAGAGUUUGGAAGAAGCCAAGAAAAAUAUUCGAGAAAAGGCAUGGACCACACUUAUAAACAGUUAUCGAGUGUGGCCUCUAUUUCAGAUGGCGAACUUUUAUUUUGUGAAGCCAGACUUUAGGUUGUUCACGGUUAAUAUAGUUAGCAUUUUCUGGAACUGCUAUAUGAGCUUUGUGAAUUACAGAAGUGCUGAUAAGACAUUAAAUUCCGACAAAGCUGCCUAG